AUGGUUGAAGAAUAUAAUGCCCUCAUGACCAACAAUACGUGGCAGUUAGUGUUGCCUCCUCCGAAUGCUAAUGUUAUUGGUUGUCGUUGGGUAUACAGAGUAAAACAACGUUCAGAUGGUUCAAUUGAACGAUUUAAAGCCCGCUUGGUAGCGCACGGUCCUGUGGUGAAACCAGUCACUAUUCAUACUGUUCUUGCUUUAGCUGCCUCUAAAGGGUGGCUAAUUCAUCAACUGAAUGUUAAGAAUGCCUUCUUGCAUGGCACUCUUAAUGAACUGUCCAAAUAUAUUCAAGAUCUUCUUAGUCGUGCAAAUCUUUUGUUCUCAAAACCUGUCUCUAUACCUUUUUCUUCAAAAGAAUCACUACAUACAUCUGACUCUCCUCCUUUUUCUAAUCCCACUCUUUAUAGGAGUCUUGUUGGAGGACUUCAAUAUCUUACUUUCACUCGUCCAAAUAUUCCAUUUGCAGUCAAUCAAGUGUCUCAGUUUAUGCACUCUCCUUUAGAAGUUCACUACACAGCUGUGAAAUGCAUAUUGCGUUAUUUGAAUGGCUCGCUAUCUCAUGGAUUGUUCAUUCGUGGUGGUUCUAUUGAUCAUCUUAUAUGUUACAGUGAUGCAGACUGGGCUGGUUGUCCUUCCACCCGCCGUUCUACCUCGGCAGUUCAAUACGUCAAUACUGCUGAUCAACUUGCUGAUUUGUUAACCAAGCCUCUCCCAUCUCCAAGAUUACUUUGA